UUUCUUCUGUUUCUUUAAGACUCUUCCUGGACAUUAUCUAUUGUUCUCGAUAAGCAUUUUAUAGAUGAUUUUUUAUUACUGUUUAAUUUAGACCAUUUUAAUUACAUUGUCAGCAUCUUUCAAUGUCAUCAACUGUCAAGUAUGAACACAAAAUUUUCUCGUAAAAUCACCACUCAUGUCUCAAGCAAAAGAUGAGUUGGGUGAGCAAGACUCAAAAUCAGAUUCAUCUAGAGAUUUAUCUAGGGAAGAAGCUAUAUUAGUGGCUUUAGAAGAAACAGAAAAUAUUUUUGGGUUGUUUCUAAAUUCGAUAAAUGACUUACCAGAAAAGGUGGAUACUAUUAAAGAAGAAGAAAACUUAAAUUCAGGAAGCGAUGUUAAUUUAGACGAAUGCAAGUCUAAUUCUGAAAUUGCGAAUGAAAAUAAAGAAGAUGAAUUGGAUUUCAAAAUAGAAAAUUGGUUAAAUAAUACAAGUGAAAUUCAAAUAAUCAACAACAAUGUAAUAUACGUAGAUGAAAUUGGUGUUGCAAGAGUAGAAAAUGAGAAAAUUAAGCAAGAUUUAAACGCAAGUCCAACAACAAUAGAACCAACAUUAUUAGAAACAGUUUCUUCAUUAGAAAGGCAAGUUUUAUCGAGAGUAGAAAUGUUACCUGAUAACAGAAAGUCAAAAAUACUUCAACUGCCACCUGACUCCAUUCCCAUUACUUCAAGUCGUUGUGAAAAAGAACUGGUCGGUGAUGACGUGGCAAAUACAAAAGCUCACAUAGUAUGUGAAUGUGAUCAACCCGGAGUUUCUGGAGGGGCGGUUCCUACGGUUAUAUCGUUUACUUUGAAUGAUGCUCCUAAAAAUAAGAAGUCUGAUAAUGCAAUUAAUAAAGAACAAAAAGAAGGGGUCCAAAAAGUGGAACAAAAAGUUUCUAGACCAAAAGCCAGCUUAAUUCCUAAACUCACAAACUCCUAUCGAACGAACAGAUUAAAUGCUAAACCUCCAAAACAACCUAAUUACGAAGAGAAAUUCGCGGAACACGACAAAAAUAUCACGUCAAAAAUGCUGGCUUUCCAACAAAAAAUCCGAGAAACGUCGUCCCUUUUAAAAGCCAAAGUCAGCCAAAGCAACGCUGUCGAGAAUAAAAAAUCCCCCGAUCAAAACGAUCACCAGAAACUUGAAGAAAACUCCCCGAAUCAUCAAAAAGGCAACAAAAUGAUCCUGAACGAACUGUACAAAAACAUCAACUUACUAAACAAAGAAGCUGUUAACUUGAUCAACAUAGAGAACGAAAACAACAAAACUUUCAUGAUAGAUAAUAUAGAGAACCUGAUUUCGAGUUUGAAAGGCCUGAUUGGUCAGUUCAAAGAGGGCGAAUCGAACUCCGAAGAUAGAGUGAACGAGUUACAGGAAAAUUUAACGGCGAAUAGGGACGCUGAGUCGAAGUCGAAAGCUAAAGAGAAUAAUAAGAUACAUAUUAAGUUUUUGUCUAGUAAAUCGGGAGCGAAAAAGCGGAAGACCAACGAACUGCAAGCAGAAGUUGUAAAGGAACCUGGCGAACCUAAGUUGAUUAACGAAGAAGAACGUCGAAAAAGCCAGGACUCCAUGGACGGGUUUUUCCUCCCUUCCCCCGAUGCCCCCAGUCCUGUCGAAGAGGACGACGACGAAGACGGUCUGGAUAUCACCAUCACCUUUCCGGAAUUCCGGCAAAACAUCACCCACGAGGCGGAUUCGCACGUCACCGUUUGCUUUUCGGAUAUCUCGGCUGAAGCACUGGGCCGGCUGAAACGGUGCCCGAAAGACUUUACGCUGCAUAUGGAUUUUGCACAACGGAAAAUGACAUUCCAGACCGGGAAUUUGCCGACUAAUAACUUUUCUAUAGGAGCCGAUUUGAAAGUGACUGAAAUCCCGGUCGAUACCAAGAAAUCGGACAUAAUCAGCAUCAAACCGUCGACGGAAUGCACCUACGCCUCGCAAGUCAUCCCCGUCAUCGAAGGGCCGAGAAGAAGUUCGGUCAAAACCCUAAAAUCCACCGAUUCCGAGCUGUUCGACGUGGUCAGUUUGCCGUUCCUCAAUCGCAAAUCCUCCGUCACGACCAGGUCAUGCAUAACGUUCAAAAACAGCGCCGCAACGCAUCCCAGUUCCUGUCUGUUGCUGGACCGGUUGCGCUACAGGAGCAUGCCGCAAAUACCGAGUCUGCCCAACAUUUUCGAGGAGCCAGGCUUGGAAGGGACGUCUGCAAGUAAAUCAGCGUUAGCCUCCUCAGACAGGAAACUGCGAAAUAAACAUUUACAAAGAAAGAGAACAAGCACAAGCUUGGAUAAAAUUCAUGACGUUCCAUAGAGUUAAAUUAUAAAAUAUAAAAUUUCUACUUAUACAAAUUUAUAAUUAUUUUAGUUUAUAUUGAUUUAAUAAAAAUAU